AUGGGGAAAGUGUUCAACAUCUGCCUUGCGGCCUUUGCCGCUACCGGGUCGUUCCUCUUCGGCUACGACUCGGGUGUGAUGACCGAUGUCAUUGCGUCCGAUGACUUCCUCAGCUUCUUCAACACAAGCACCGGAAGCCCCAUCAUCGGGGCCAUCAACAGCACCUUCUCCGGCGGCGCCGUCUUUGGUUCGCUGAUGGGCGGUCUCACGAUGGAUAGGUUCGGCCGCAGGAAGACCAUCAUGAUCGGGGCCAUGAUUGCCCUUGUCGGCUCCAUCCUGCAGGCCGCCGCCCGGAACCUCCCCAUGAUCCUCGUCGGCCGCAUCAUCGCCGGGUGGGCGGUCGGGCUGCUGAGCAUGUCGGUUCCCGUCUACCAGUCCGAGUGUGCCCACCCCAGGAUCCGUGGUCUGAUUGUUGGCUUGUCUCAGCAGAUGAUUGGUGUUGGCUUCAUCGUGUCCACCUGGGUGGGAUACGGAUCCUCGUAUGCGUCCGGAGGCUUGAGCCAGUUCCAGUGGAGGUUCCCGCUCGCUUUCCAGGCCGCGCCGGCGCUGCUCCUUGUUUGCGGCAUCAUGUUCUUCCCGGAAUCUCCCCGCCAUCUGAUGGAGAAGGAUAACGAGGAAGAAGCGAUGCGGGUCCUGCGCAAGCUGCACUACGACGGCACCAACGACGAAUGGAUCCGGCAAGAGUUCCACGAGAUCAAGACGACCAUCGCCGCCGAGAAGGCCAUCACGGUUCCGGGGUGGAGGAUCAUGUUCACGGUGCCGCAGUGGCGCACCCGGCUCAUGCACGGCGUUGCCGUCCAGGUCUUCACCCAGUUCACCGGCAUCAACGUCAUCGGGUACUAUCAGACGCAGAUGUACGAGGCCCUCGGCGUCACCGGGAACCGGGCCCUGCUGGUGGCGGGCAUCUACAACUGCCUGGGCCCCCUCGCCAACCUCAUCUUCAUCAUCUUCAUCAUCGACCGCGUCGGGCGCCGGCGUCCCCUCCUCUGGGGCACUGUCGCCAUCGUCAUCGCUCUGAUCUGCGAGUCGGCCAUCAACAGCCGUAUCGACAAGAGCAAUCCGGACCACGCGCUCUCCAUCGGCGGCGUCUUCUUCCUCUUCUGCGUCACCGUCAUCUUCUCGUGGUCCUGGGGCCCCAUCAGUUGGGUCUACAUGUCCGAGGUCAUGCCCAUGCAGAUCCGGGCCCGGGGGAAUGCUUUCGCCACCGGCCUCGGCAACUGGCUGGUGUCGACCUUUUGGUCUCAGCUCUCCCCCAUGGCGCUUAAGAAGCUGGAGUGGAAGUUCUACUUUCUUUUCGUUGCAUGGGACGUCUUGGUCACCAUUCCGGUCGUCUUUUUCUUCUUCAAGGAGACAAAACAGCUCUCCCUGGAGGAGAUAGACCUGUUGUUCGGCGAAAGGUCUCUGGGUACCUUGCCAAAGGACCUUAAUAAGGGGACCCUGGAUCAGCCGGAAGUAACAGCAGAGGAGAAGGUAGCAUAA